AUGAGAGACCCUGACUUGCCAAUCACUCGGUCUGAACUUGUGCCUAUAGUUGCGUGCAGUGGCCCAGCAACAGGCGGAAACGGCCUGAACAACAACACUCUACAACGUUCACCUCGAUCGAUGGGCAUCGAUGCCUCUCCAACUGAAUCUGGCCAGUUAACGACAGAUUUAUGCACAAGUUAUGGGCUAGAGACACGGAUUAUGUCAGAACAAACGAGAUUGUGUGUCGGCCAACUCGAUGGUGGACAACCACAUGCCAUAACACAUACUCCUGCCAUGAUGGGUCUUUUUCAUCUUAGCGACAGCCGUUUCUACGAUAAUUUAACCAGUAAUAUCAUGCCGCCGAUCAGGAAUUCGAACUUGAACCUAAACUCGGACAGAGAAUUCGACCACCCUUGUGCUACCUGUCCUCUUUCAUGUCCUAGGCCGUCUGACCCGACCGACUAA